GGGGCUGGUCCCUGUGCUCUGCUCCCCCACGUGCCGUGCCCCCGCCUCACUCGGCCUCGCUCUCCUGGCAGGAUGCUGCUCGCCCGGGCUCUGCGCGCCGCCGCCGCCGCCCUCCGCCCGCUGCCGCCGCGGGUCCCGCCCUCCCCGCUGCUGCGGCCCGCGGCCCUGCUCUGCGACGCCCGCCCGCCCGCCGCCCGCCCCUUCACCCGCAGCCUCUGGCUGCUCAGCGGGGACGCGGCCGGGACGCAGCGGCCUGGCCUCCUGCGGCCCCAGCGAGCCUCCCCCUGCGGCUGCGGCGGCCUCCACACCGAGGGGGACAAAGCGUUUGCAGAGUUUCUGAGAGAUGAAAUUAAAGAGGAGGAGAAGAUCCGGAAACAUAAAUCCCUGCCCAAGAUGUCUGGAGGGUGGGAGCUAGAAGUGCAUGGCACUGAAGCCAAAUUGUUGCGGAAAAUAGCUGGUGAGAGGAUUACAGUUACAUUCAACAUUAACAACAGCAUUCCACCAACAUUUGAUGAAGAACCACAAGAAGGACAGAAAGCUGAUGAACAGGAGCCUGAACUUACAUCGACUCCUAACUUUGUUGUAGAAGUAACAAAAGAUGACCCCAAACAGACUCUUGUGCUUGACUGCCACUAUCCUGAGGAUGAGAUUGGACAUGGGGAAGAGGAGGAGAGUGACAUUUUCUCAAUCCGGGAGGUCAGCUUUCAGCCCACUGGAGAAUCAGACUGGAAGGACACCAACUACACUCUCAGCACAGACUCUCUUGACUGGGCUCUGUAUGACCACUUAAUGGAUUUCUUGGCUGACCGAGGAGUGGACAACACAUUUGCUGAUGAAUUAGUUGAGCUCAGCACUGCAUUAGAGCACCAGGAGUACAUUAAAUUCCUUGAAGACCUUAAAAGCUUUGUCAAAUGUCAGUAGAUGAGGAAAUUAAAAGUCAAAGCCUGCAAAUGUGGAUAUCCUGCAGCAGUGCUCUUACCUGCAGCUGAUACCACCAGUAAGUUUAAAACUUCAAAGUGGGAUAAACACAUCAUGGAAAACUAAAUGAUUCUCAAUGAUUGCAUUUCAAAUUUAAUUUAUGUUGCAGCCUGGAUUUUAAGUUUUGUGUCAUUCUCACACCUCCCACCAGUUUGGGUAUUUUUGUACAAUUAAGAAACAUGAUAUAAUGACAUGAAGAAUAAAAUCCACUCGAGAAAAAUUUUCUUUU